AACCCAGUUGAGCACUCGCCACCAACAUGUCCAGCCAGCAGAAGGAAUACCGCACCGUCGUAUCGAUCGACCCGUUCAAGCCCGCCAGCCAGCAGAAGGGCAUCACCAACCGGUGGCACCCCGACAUCCCCGCCUACGCCACCGUGGCGGAGGGCGAGAUCUUCCACGUCCAGUGCCACGAGUGGACCGGCGGGCAGAUCAUCAACAAUGACAAUGCCGAUGACUUGCAGAACAUCGACCUGUCAGGCUGCCACAACCUCUCUGGUCCCAUCGCCGUCGAGGCCGCGCAGCCGGGCGACGUGCUCGUCGUGGACAUCCUCGACGUGACACCGUUCCCGCAGAUGCAGUGGGGCUACACUGGCAUCUUUGAGAAGGAGAACGGCGGCGGGCUCUUCGCACGCGAGUUUGACUCGCGCGCCGCGAAAGCCAUCUGGGACUUUGAAGGCAUCUACGCGACAUCGCGGCACGUCCCGGGCGUGCGGUUCGCCGGCAUCCCGCACCCAGGCCUGAUUGGCACCGCGCCGUCCCAAGAGCUCCUGGACACUUGGAACAAGCGCGAAGCUGGCCUCUUCAACGCCAACAAGGGCGUCGUGCCCGAGGUCGCCCUCCUCCCAGGCAUCAAGGGCGCCUAUGUCGGCCAGGAGAAUAUUCCCCAGAAGGUCCGCGACAAGAUCUACGCGGAGGGCGCGCGGACCAUCCCUGCGCGCGAGCACGGCGGCAACGUGGACAUCAAGAACCUGUCCCGCGGCUCGCGGUGCUAUUUUCCAGUGUAUGUCCCCGGCGCCAACCUCGCCCUGGGCGACCUGCACUUCUCGCAGGGCGACGGCGAGCUGAGCUUCUGCGGCGCGAUCGAGAUGGCAGGCAUCAUCACGCUCAAGUGCCGCGUAAUCAAGGGCGGCGUCGCCAAGCUCGGGCUCAAGCAGCCCAUCUUCAUGCCGAGCCCCAUCGACCCAAAGUACCACGAGCGCAUCAUCUUCGAGGGCAUCAGCGUCGAGGUGAACGGGGACGGCACGCAGCACUUCAUGGACGCGACGGUGGCGUACAAGCAGGCCGCGUUGAACUGUAUGGACUAUCUCGGCAGGCUGGGGUACAGCCGCGAGCAGGCAUACCUCCUCCUCUCCGCCGCGCCAGUCGAGUCGCAUGUCGGCGCGGUUGUCGACGUGCCCAACGCCUGUGUGACGAUGGAGCUGCCCCUGGGUAUCUUCGAGCGCGACAUCAUGCCGACCGACGACGGUAUUGAGCGCAAGGAGUGCGGGCAGGCCGCGCUCCGGUCGGACGGGGUACGCUGCCUGCAGCAUCCAGAGUUGGCUCCGUGGCGGACGUAGGGUUGUGGGGGCGUGAAGGUGUCAAGUCAGA